GUUUGAAAUUCCAACAUGGCAGUGGCUGUGGUCAUUGUUGCCUGCGCUAACUUGGAAUGGUUUUAAAUCCCACGCAGCCUCGCUUAACCCACCGCAAGUCAUUCAUCAGCAAGCUCUACCGUGGAUCGAUGUUGCUCUAACCCCAGAGGUCGACCUGUCGCACAUACAGCAAGAAAUGAUCAGUAGCAGCAGCGUCUAUGGCCUAAAGAUGCAGUGGACCCCAGAGCACGCGCAGUGGGCGGAGCAGCACUUUGACAUCACCUCCACCACGCGCUCGCCGGCCCACAAGGCCGAGGCUUACCGGGGYCACCUGCAGCGYGGCGGCAGCACMUACCAGUACGCCUGGGCCAACGACGACAUCUCUGCGCUCACCGCCUCCAACCUGCUCAAGAAGUACGCUGAGAAGUACUCUGGCAUCCUGGAGAUGCCCAGUGARAGGGCCCUGCUGAACUCCUACGCCGAGGCCGGGAUGAACGGCAGGAAGGGGGAGGGYGAGGCCUGGCAGGAGGGGGUMUACUGCGUCCCCGAGGGGAUGUCCAUGAGGAAAGGAGGGGUGGCGGCGGAGGUGGCUGGUAUGUGCAGCUCKCCRUCCCCGGGCCUGGCCUCCAGCGGCCUGACAGAGCCUGGUUACUCCAGCAGCAGCUGUGGUAGUCACAYCGYCACGGCYCUCCACUCYUCUGCAGGCUCCUCUCAGGAAUACGGCCCCAGCUACAGUGGCUCCUAYCUGGGCUACAGCUCCCAGGUCACCACCUCCCCACUGCACAGCUCCGGUCUCUUGCAGCCCCCUCCUCCGCCCCCACACCCCUCCCUGGUCCCGACCUACAAUGGGGGAUCCUCCAACCUCUCGGGCUACAAUUACCCCCAUGCCGGGUACCCCUCCCAGAGCGCUGUGGGGCCAGGCUACAGCCCCGGGGGAGCCCCCCCUCCAUCCUCCUACCUACCGUCAGGGAUCGCCGCUCCCACCCCCCUGCCCCCCUCCUCCACGCUCCCCGGGUACCCCUACCAGUCGCACAACCUCGGCCCCAUCGCGCCCACGCCUCUGAAUGGCAGCUCGUCCAACUCUCUGAAGAGAAAAGCCUUCUAUAUGACAGGGCAAGGAGAGAUGGACUCCACUUAUGGAAAUUUUGUCUAUGGCCAGGCGCGCAGCUCCGCAGAGAGCCCCAUGUACAGGGUACCGGACAGCAGCAUCUCAAAUGCGGGCGGAGGGAACAGUUUUGACAGGAACGCUGACAAGUCAUCUUUGCCGUUUCAUCCCCACAAGCAGCCCAUGGCCUCUGAGCAGUCUGCAGGCGGAGCGCUCACCCCUCCGUCCUAUGCCUCCACCCUGGGUGGCUCGCGCUCAGCCGACUCCCUGGGCAGCUUCACCUCUCCCUCCCUGAGCGACCAAGGGGACGAGCACCGCCUGCACCUCUCCCACCUCUCCCUGACGGGGGCGACCUCAUCCUCCCGGCCCGCUGAGGAGCAGCUGAAGAGCAGCGACCCCCACCUCCUGGACAUGGUGACCUCUGAGAUCCUGCAGCAGGGACCCCCGGUGGACUGGAGUGACAUUGCAGGCCUGGAGCUGGCCAAGGCCACUCUGAAGGAGGAGGUUCUCUGGCCCAUGCUACGUCCGGACAUGUUCAGCGGCCUAGGUUCGGCCCCGAGGUGCAUUCUACUGUUUGGCCCCAGAGGGACGGGCCGGACGUUGCUGGGCCGCUGCAUGGCCAGCCAGCUGGGGGCGCCCUUCCUGCAGCUCAGAUGCUCCACCUUGGCCACCAAGUGGUUGGCAGAGGGUGACAAGAUCCUGCAGGCCUCCUUCCUGGUGGCGCGCUGCCGCCAGCCCUCAGUGCUGUUCAUCAGCGACGUGGACAUGCUGCUGUCGGCCCAGCUCAACAACGAGAGCCCCGUUCACCGGCUCAAGGCCGAGCUCCUGGCCCAGCUUGAUGCGCUGCUCCUUGGGCCGGCUGAUGACUCCAACAACCACGUCCUGGUGGUCUGCUCCACCAGCAAGCCUCAGGACAUGGACGAGGGGCUGCGACGGUACUUUGGCCGGCGGGUCCUGGUGCCGCUGCCAGAUGGUUCGUCCCGCCACCGCAUGCUGAGCCAGCUGCUGUCCCAGUCCCAGCGCAAGUACUGCCUCAGUGAGGAGGAGCUGGUGCUGCUGGUCCAGCGCACUGAGGGCUUCUCCGGCAUGGACGUGGCAAGGCUUUGCCAGGAGGCCCUGGUGGGCAUGCUGCACACCUCCUCCCAAGGCCUGGACCUCUCGGUGAGCAUCAUGCCCACAGGCCAGAUACGACCCCUCAUCUACCAGGACUUUGACAGUGUUUUUUGCAAAUUCCAGCCCAGUAUAUCGCAGAAAGAGAUCGACACGUACACCGAGUGGAACAAAAUGUUUGGGUGCGGUCAGUGAACCUCGGGGGGGAAAGUCCUCAAGAAAGAGGAGUUGGGAAUUCUUUGACCUGGCUGUGGUGCUAACCAGAGAGGAAGGCACACAAGAGGGGCGACGUAACCCCCCCACACGUGAGACCUGACACCAGAGGUGGAGAAACAUCAAGAGACUUGGUUGGAGUGAUACCUGAUGGUUUUGCAGGUAACGAGCAGAGAUUUCAUUAGGAUGCUUGACACUGCUAAAGCCAGGCAUUGUUUACACAUUUUGAAGAGGUCAACUUGAGACAGAGGAGGACCCUGUGUGUAUAUAUACCUUUGUUGUUGUCCCCUAAAAUGUAGUUGGCUAACCAAGUGCCUGUAGUGGUGCUUUCUAAAUUGUAAUUUCAUUUUUUUAAUGUAUAAUGAUUUCAUUUGCCUCACAAUCUACAUGAAUGGCAUGUGCUGAUAUUAAGAGCUUUAAACUUCAACAGCGAGAUUAAAAUUAGAGUGGCGGUUGCCAAUGGAGAUGGUCAAUCUUUUUCUCCUGCCAUUUCACCAAGUAUCAACAGUAUUCCUCAGGGGGUGACAGUAAUCUGGACCCCCGAUCCAUACACUUCAUCUCUUUUGAUCCUCUGUCUGCAAAAAAACUCAGGAAAGUGUUUGUGAAACUCAACGACAUCACCACACAUAAGCACUACGAUCCUCUGAGAGUAUUAAGACCAAGAUUUUAGUAAUUUAUAUAAUAUCUAGAGAAACAGUUUUAGGUUUACCUCAAACCUUCUAGGCGAGACGGUCGAGGAGAUGAAAAUGAAUGUAACCAGAUUUAGUUCUGGAAUGACGGGACAAAUAAGUCAAUAUGGAGGUGAUUAAGUGAAGAAUUUGGUGAUGAGUUCAGUGUCCAUUUUAAGGUUUUUCGAAAAUGCGAUGCCCUAGUGUGUUUUUCUGAUCCUGCCUUGUGUAUUGAUUGAAUCAAGAGCGUUGUUCACCUGGUGUUUUAAUGGGGCACUGAUGACCACGUAUAGUGGGUUAUAUUGUUGUCAACAACCCACAACUCUUUAGAUGGAACGGUGGACUUCGGGUUGCUAUUGCGUUAUCACAGGAAGCCAUAGAACUACUAUACUUGACGAUGAAGCAGAAACCAAAUGAAAGAGAGCGAACGGUGCCGUGACACAGUUGUGUGAUUCCGUAUUUCCCAGAAUAAAUGCAACAUCAGGAUCACACAUACUUUCUGUUCCACUUCAGUUGGUUUCAACUCACCUAGGAGGCAGCAGAGCAGUCGGGGACAGCCUCAGAUCCAAAAUGGCUAGUUGCUAAUGACUGCUCUAUGUCAGCCAGUUGAGUCAGUUUGAAUGAGAAAAGGCUGCCAUCUUUAUUCAUCAACGAGGUCAGAGGUUCAGCACCAGGGGCUCAAUUCCAAACCGGUUUUUAGUUCCUUACCAGAGGUCCUCAUUGGCUUAUCAGAUCUGACAUGCUUGGAUUGUUCACAGCAGUAUGACUGUAGAGCCACCUAGACCUCUGGAAUGCUCUGGAGAUUUCCGGUCAUAUUGCUAACACCUAUCCAGUUGUGUCAUAUCUGCAAGGAGACUCAACAAGGGCUUGUGGGUAAGAGCUAGAAAUUGUUUAAGAUAUUUGGCCAAUCGCAUCCUCAUUGUUUAGUAUGUGCACACAUUACCCCAAGAACAUGGUCAGGGUGAAUAUACUACUAAUUUGACACUCGUCAUGGCUCUUAAAGGCCCAGUACAGUCAAAAACUAGAUUUUUCUGUGUUUUCUAUAUAUUUCCACACUAUGAGGUUGGAAUAA